AUGGCUACCACACAAACAUAUCCAUCUCCAAAUGUGCAGCCUAAGUUGGUAAAAAAAGAAGAUGGAUCCAAAACUGAUGCUUGGUGGGCAAAUGCCGUUUUCGUCAUCAUCGUACAUUUAAUAUCGGCAAUUUCACUUCUUGUUCAUGCACCUACCGCAAAAACGAUGUGGCUAUGGAGUCAUAGAGCAUUUACUGCUCGCUUACCAUUACGUUUUCUUCUUGGAAUAAUGGGUACACUCGCCUUCCAAGGUUCAAUAAAAUGGUGGGUUCUCAGACACAGAUUACACCACAGAUUCACUGAUACUGAACACGAUCCUUAUUCUGCUGCUAAAGGUUUCUGGUUUUCUCAUAUGGGUUGGAUUUUUACCAAACCAUAUUAUCCACGAUUAAAACUUAUCGAUGCCACCGACUUGAAUUCCGAUCCAAUCGUCGUUUUCCAGCAUAAAAAUUACGUUUUCUUGGCUUUAUUCACCGGUUUAAUCCUUCCUGCCUGUAUCGCUGCCACUUGGGGUGACGCUCUUGGUGGUCUCUUAUAUGGUGGCUUUUUCUGUCGUAUUUUGACUUGGCAUGCUACCUUCUGCAUAAAUAGUUUUGCUCAUUGGGCCGGUGAUCAACUUUAUUCUAAUGAAAUCUCUGCACGUGGUAAUUUAUUGCUUGCCAUAAUGACUAAUGGUGAAGGAUAUCAUAACUAUCAUCAUGAAUUUCCCAAAGAUUAUCGUAAUGGUUACAGAUUAUUCGAUUAUGAUCCUAGUAAAUGGGUAAUCUGGUUCUUUCAUUGUUGCACUAAUCAAGUACCAUCCGUUGCCAGAGUUCCAGAUAAUGAAAUUCGAAAAGCUCGUUCAAACAUGAAAUUACUUGAAGCACAACGUGAACGUGACCAAUGCGAUUGGGGUGUCGAUCCAAAUACUCUUCCUAUCAUGACUUAUAAUGAAUUUCAAGAAAAAGUAAAAAAUGAAGGAAAAGAAUGGAUGUUAAUUGAUGAUUUUGUUUUAAAUGUUGAAAAUUUUAAAUCUUCACAUCCUGGUGGGUCAAAAUUAUUAGGUUCUUAUUAUGGAAAAGAUGCUACAAGAGCUUUCCAUGGUGGGUUAAAUAAUCAUACAAAGGCUGCGAAAACCAUGUUGGCUAUGUUUAGGGUUGCUAAGAUUAGUAAAAGUGAAACUGAGUUGUAA